AUGGACGCCCAAGACCUCAAGCACUAUCUCGCCGAUGCACCCCCCAGUGUUGUGAGGCUGGAGAUCGAGAAGCACUUCGAUGCACUGAACGACAAGCAAAAACGAUACGCCCACUUCAUCAGCCGGUAUGUAGAUAGCUAUCCCAGUAUGAGUCCCGACUCCCACCAGCUGCUCACCGGUACAUCUAGAGCUGCCUUUGAGGGUAGCAGGGUCGUCGCCCGCCAGAUCUCCCCCGAAUCAGAACCAACCUUCGAUUUCAUCUUAGCACUUCACAAGUCAUGUGCCGGAGACUGGAAAGCCUUGCAGGCGAAGACCGGCAUAUCAGAUGAUGAACUGGACCACUUCUUCAACUAUGCUGCUCAGUUCCUUGGGAACAACGGCAACUACAAGAGCUUCGGUGACGCCAAGUUCAUUCCCAGAUGCAAGGAGUCGGCAUUUGCGGCUCUAGCCGGAACCUCUCCGGAGGCCCAAAAAUUCUAUAAAGCAACUUCGGGCUCAAUCUUCUCCGCAGACCAGCCUUCCCUGAUGCAUUUGGGUUAUCCUGAAGAGGGCCACCUGACAACGUAUUACCCCAAUUCCCCUGAUAUCACCCAGGGCGAGAUCGAGGCGGUCUCUGCGUGGAUGGGGGAGAAAGGUCUCCUUCCCGAGAACACGCGGCUGGUUAAGUCCAAAGGCGAUGUCUUUGAGAUCCUAAUCGCGUCCGCUAAGCAAACAGUUCCCAGUGCUGGUGGUGACAUUGGAACGGAGACUGAGUUUAAAGUUGACGACGGUGUGUUGGCGGGAAAGACGAUCAAGUUGGUAUACGGUGAUUAUGCGAAGGAGAUGGCUGCCAUCACGGCCAACGUGAAGAAAGCCGCAGAAAACGGUGACAACGAAAACCAGCAGAAGAUGUACAACGCCUAUGCCAAGUCAUUUGAAAGCGGCUCGCUGCUCGAUUUCAAGGACAGCCAAAGGUUCUGGAUUCGAGACAAAGGCCCCAUGGUCGAGUCCAACAUCGGCUUCAUCGAGACAUAUCGCGACCCUGCCGGCAUCAGGGGCGAAUGGGAAGGCUUCGCUGCUGUUGUCAACAUGGAGAGAACGAAGGCCUUUGGGGCACUCGUCGAUGCUGCCCCCUCGCUUAUCCCUCUCCUACCAUGGGAGAAAGAUUUCGAGAAGGACAAAUUCCUAUCUCCUGAUUUCACUUCGCUGGAGGUGCUCACUUUCGCGGGAUCAGGGAUCCCGGCCGGUAUCAACAUUCCCAAUUACGACGAUAUUCGCCAAACCGAGGGUUUCAAGAACGUGUCUCUCGGAAACGUGCUUAGCGCAAAGGCGCCCAACGAGACGAUCCCCUUCAUGGCCGAAAAGGAUCUUCCGAUCUAUCAGAAAUACAGGGAUGCAGCCUUUGAGGUCCAAGUCGGCCUACACGAGUUGACCGGACAUGGCUGCGGUAAACUGCUUCAAGAAACUGCCCCAGGAGAAUUCAACUUCGAUAAGGAGAACCCUCCCAUUUCUCUAGUGACAGGCAAACCCGUCACCACGUGGUACAAACCCGGCCAGACAUGGGGUGGUCUUUUCGGCAGCCUGGCGGGUGCUUACGAGGAAUGCCGAGCAGAACUUGUAGCGAUGUACCUCAGCUGCGAAUUCUCCGUGCUGAAGAUCUUCGGUUUCGGUGAUGGAUCCUUCGACCUGAACAGCGAGGCCGGAGACGUUCUGUACGCGUCCUACCUCAGCAUGGCGCGUGCCGGUCUCGUCUCGUUGGAAAUGUGGGAUCCCAAAAGCCGGAAAUGGGGACAACCUCACUCACAGGCCCGUUUCUCCAUCUUGCAGUGCUUCUUGCAGGCCGGCGACGACUUCUGCAAGCUAGAAUACCAUGGUGACGACCUGAAGGACGCAGUGAUCAGCCUGGACCGCUCAAAGAUCCCCACGGUUGGGCGCAAGGCCGUCGGCGAAUACCUGCAGAAACUGCACAUCUACAAGUCUACAGCAGACGUCGAGACGGGAACCAAGUUCUUCGGCGACAUGACCAACGUCGACCCCGAAUUUUGGGGCAAGAAAGUCCGCGAUGAGGUCCUCCGCAACAAGCAGCCCAGGAAGGUUUUUGUACAGGCCAACACCUUCCUGGACGAGGCUACCGGAAAGGUUGAGCUGAAGCAUUACGAGGCCACGCCCGAGGGCAUGAUCCAGAGCUGGGCGGAACGUGAGGUUUGA